AUGGGCAAGAAAAUCGAAUGCUAUCUUGACUGCGUGUCGCCAUACAGUUUCUAUGCUUUCUCCUAUUUGCAGAAGAAUUCAGCUGCAUUGGCGGAUUUGGGUGUCGAUAUUGAGUACAUCCCCGUCUUCUUAGGGGGUAUUAACGUGGGCAGCGGAAACAAACCCCCAUGGACUCUACCCGCGAAGGCUGCAUAUUCGAAAUUCGACGGCCAGCGAGCUCAGAAAUACUUCGGACAUAAAUUCGAAGUACCAUCAUUCUUCCCGAUUCUCUCGCUUUUGCCUCAACGCGCCCUCACCUACAUCAAACAAACCCACCCAAAGGAAAAACUCGAAUCCGCAUUCCAAUCCUGUUUCGACACGAUGUGGAACGGCCAUAUUGAUAUCUCCAAGCCCGAAAACCUCGCCAUAGCCCUGUCGAAGUCAUUCUCCUCAAGCUCGGACGUUGAGGCCAUUCUAUCCGCCGCCACCAGUCCCGCGAUCAAGGCGGAGUUGGCGACGACGACGGAGCGCGUUGUGAAGGAGCAGGGCGCGUUCGGUUGUCCGUGGUUUUGGGUGGUGAAUGGGGAAGGAAAGGGGGAGCCGUUCUUUGGGAGUGAUCGAUUUCAUUAUAUGUGGGAUUACUUGGACCUGCCAUUUCAGGAUUUGAAGUUGAGGGCGAGGAUGUAG